AUGGAAGAUGAGGAGAUGAAAGAAAUUCUUAGGGAGGCCUUUGGGGAUUCAUCCUCCGACAGCGACGGCGAGCUCUCCGACGACCGCCGCCGGCGAGUUCAGGCCAACAAUCGCAUUUGGGAACCUGUGGCUGGAAUCAGCGGUCUCUGGAUUUGCCGGGACUUUUUAACCGCCGAGCAACAGUCCUCGUUGCUAUCUGCAAUUGAAGAAGAAGGGUAUUUAGCUGAUGCGUCGCGUAAUCAG